CAAAUUUUUACCUAUAAAAUCCCCAACUUUGUGUGUCCCAAUUCCCAUCAAACACAUUAAUUCAUCAAUCGAAUAAUUAAAUCCAAAACCCUAAUUCUUAAUUCUACAAUGGCUUCUAAAGCAGCUGCCCUAAUUUUUAUCCUUUCGAAUGUUCUCUUUUUUGCAAUGGUGGCCUCAUCAUCAUCAGAUCUUCCAGCUCUCUCAACUGAGUGCCAAAGCUGCACCAAGCCAGCCAAUCCCGAUCACCAUCACGGCAGCCAUGGCAGCGGCGGCAAGUGCCCCACUCUAAACUUGGGUGUGUGUGCCAAUGUGCUGAACCUGGUGAAAUUGAAGAUAGGAAAUCCUCCAAAGGAGCCUUGCUGCAGCCUGAUCCCCGGCGUGCUCGAUCUCGAGGCUGCCCUCUGCCUCUGCACCGACAUCAAACUCGACGUGUUGGGCAUUGUUAAGCUCAACCUACCACUCUCACUCGAAUUGCUUGUCGGCCUCUGUGACAUUAAGCUUCCCAAGGACUUCAAAUGCCCAGCUUAAUUAAUUAAUUACAGAUUAUUUCGAUCCAUCCAUCUACCACAGGAUCUAAUUUAAUUAUUCUCAAAUGCUUAAUUAUAUGUUUUGCAUGAUCUUUCACUUUUUUUUGGUCGUUCUAUGAUUUCUUAUUUCAAGAGUCUGUCUUGCAAUCUGGUCUAGCUAGGGUUUCUUUGUUGUUGUCGUCAAUAUCUUGAUCGUGUUAUGUAAUCAUUAUUGCUGCCUGUAAGGAAGGUUUUUCGCCUUCUAACUAAGUCAUCAAUUGUUUUCGAGGCUUCGCUUUAUAAUAUAUAUAUAUAUUUAUUUA